AUGGUACCAAACAGAACCCCCCAAAAAAAAGUGUAACAAACCAAAUUAUCUAUCACACUCUUCGUCGUCGUCUUCUUCGUCGACAAUCUAAUCCACAGACAGAAAUUCUAACCCAGCCAAAACAGCAAAAAAAUCCGAAAUUCUUUUUCUCAGAAGCCAACUAAAUACUGUACCGAAUUCCUUUUCCUCUACCAAAUUCCUCAUUUCGACUUUAAAACAUUACAUUUUUAUAUAUGCAUAUGUGUAUACAUAUAUAUGCAAAUAUAUACGUGAUUGAUCGGCAAUUGUAGGCAGGGUGAUUUUGAUUUUGAUAGGAGGGAGAGUUUGGGAAUAAUUGGACAGCAGAGAUGGCGUUGCUGCGCAAAUUGUUCUACCGGAAGCCGCCUGAUGGGCUUUUCGAGAUCUCUGAGCGAGUUUACGUUUUUGAUUGCUGCUUCACUACCGAUGCUUGGAAGGAAGAAAACUAUAAAGUUUACAUAGGUGGGAUAGUUGGUCAACUCCAAGAUCACCUACCUGAUGCUUCAUUCUUGGUGUUCAAUUUUCAUGAUGGAGUGGCACAAAGCCAGAUGGCCAGCAUCUUGUCUGAGUAUGAUAUGACGAUAAUGGAUUACCCACGACACUUUGAAGGUUGUCCGGUGCUCACACUUGAGUUGAUCCAUCACUUUCUUAGAUCAAGUGAAAGUUGGCUAGCACUUGGGCAGCAUAAUGUGCUGUUGAUGCACUGUGAACGUGGAGGUUGGCCUGUUUUAGCUUUCAUGCUAGCUGCCCUCUUGAUUUACCGGAAACAGUAUAGUGGAGAGCAGAGGACGUUGGACAUGGUUUAUAGGCAGGCUCCCCAUGAGCUUUUGCAUUUUUUAUCCCCGCUAAAUCCAAUCCCUUCUCAACUGAGGUAUCUACAAUACGUUUCGAGGAGGAAUGUAGCCUUGGAAUGGCCUCCUCUGGAUAGAGCGCUUACCUUGGACUGCGUCAUCUUUAGAUUUAUUCCUAAUUUUGAUGGGGAGGGUGGUUGCCGUCCUCUAUUUCGCAUUUAUGGACAGGACCCUUUUGUUGUUACUGAUCGAACUCCCAGAGUCUUAUACUCAACUCCAAAAAGAAGCCAUACCAUCCGGGCUUACAAGCAGGCAGAAUGUGAACUGGUUAAAAUGGACAUUAAUUGCCAUAUUCAAGGUGAUGUUGUGGUAGAGUGCAUUAGCUUACAUGAUGACACGGAACGUGAAGAGAUGAUGUUCCGCAUCAUGUUUAAUACAGCUUUUAUUAGGUCUAAUAUUUUGAUGCUCAACCGUGAUGAAAUUGACAUGUUGUGGGAUGCUAAGGAACAAUUUCCAAAGAACUUCAGAGUAGAGAUCCUUUUUUCAGAGAUGGAUGCUGCCAAGACUGCAUCCAUUAUUCUGGGUGGUAUUUCAUGCUUUGAGGAUAAAGAGGGCCUUCCAAUGGAAGCGUUUGCUCAAGUACAGGAGAUCUUUAACUAUGUGGAUUGGUUAGAUCCCAAGGUCGAUGCCACACUAAACGCUUUACAACAAAUGGGUGCAUCAAACAUCGCCCAUGAAAAGUUGGACAAUGAUUCUUCCCAAAGUACUGGAAAUGACACUUCCUUGCAGGAAUCAAGUCCAAGAAAUAUCCAAAAGAAAAAGAAACAGUUAAAUCUAGAAAAUAAUUCUAAGACCCUUCUCUCCUUGGCUGAGGUGCAUCCAGUGGCCUCACCUUUGCAAUCUCCAGAUACCACUGUGAGUAAACAGGAAGCCAAACCCCAAGACAUUCAUACUGCAAUUCAGCUAUCCAGUCAAUGUGAUUCAGUAUCCCAGCAUAUACCCCAACCUUCUCAGUCAACCCCAAUGGGAGCAUUCGCUCAAGUUCAAGAGAUCUUUAACCAUGUGGCCUCACCUGCGCAUUCUCCAAGUACCACUGCGAGUAAACAGGAAGCUAAACCUCAAGACAUUCAUACCGCACUUCAGCCACCCAACAAAUGUGAUUCAGUAUGCCAGCAGAUGCCCCGACCUUCUCAGUCAACCCCAAUGGAAGCAUUCACUCAAGUUCAGGAGAUAUUUAGCCAUGUGGCCUCACAUAUGCAGUCUCCAGAUACUGCUGUGAGUAAACAGGAUGGUAAACCUGAAGACAUUCAUACUGCACUAGAGUCACCCAAUCAACAUGAUUCGGUGUGCCAGAAGAUGCCCCAACCUUCUCAAUCAACCCCCGUUUCCUCUAAUUCCAGGAAAGAUUUACCUGAGCCCACGCCAAAAUAUCAAAACACCUGCCAAGCUAGUGGCAUAAAACCUCUGUUAAAUGAUCAUGACUUUUCUGGGAGACAGGAAGUCUCCCUUUCAGUCACUGCAUAUCCUGCUGUCCCAGAUGCAACCUUGAAUGUUUCACGUCUACCCGUAUCUGCAGAAGUCAAUAGUGUCUCAAUUACAGAACCAACACCUUCAUCACCUCCUCCACUGAGACCUUUCUUGGCUACUUCUACUAUAAAAACUCUUUCUUCUCCUCCCCCACAGCAAGUGCCGCCAUCAGUUUCAAAACCUGAGGACUCAUCACUUUCCAAAGACUCUGAAACCUAUACACAGGAUGGAACCCAUCCAUCUAUUACUAGUCAUCCAGGUGCCCAUGGGAUGCCAAUCUCAGGUACCAUUUCUGGCAGUGUUUUACCUGAUCCACCAUCCGCUCCUCCACAUUCUCAAAUUACUACGUCAGCUCGGCCUUCUCCAACUCCUCCACCACCUCCUCCAACGCUGCCUUUGAAAGAGAACCUUGCUGAUGGUUCUGGACGUCCUCCACCUCCACCUCCUCCUCCUCCUACUCACUCAGGGCAAGCUGGAGGCACUACAAAUUCAUCUCCAGUGCCACCACCACCACCUACUGCUGCCAUUGCAUCAGUUCCUUCUGCCCCCCCUGCUCCACCUCCUUUUGGUAAAGGAGGCUCGAAGACAGGGAAUCCCCCACCGCCACCAAUUAUUUCCCCGGGUAAUGCGAAAGGACGUCUAUCACGUACCAUAAGUUCAAAAAAUAAUAAUGCAAAGAAACUGAAGCCAUUGCACUGGUUGAAACUAUCAAGAGCAGUUCAGGGAAGCUUAUGGGCUGAGGCACAAAAAUCUGGAGAAGCCUCCAAAGCUCCAGAGAUUGACAUAUCAGAGCUUGAGAAUCUUUUCUCAGCGGCAGUUCCAACUUCAGAUCAUGGCAGGAAAUCAACUACACAGGGUUCAGUUGCCCCUAAAUCUGAUAAAGUUCAACUGAUUGACCACAGACGUGCAUAUAACUGUGAAAUCAUGCUUUCAAAGGUGAAGGUUCCGUUGAAUGAGUUAAUGAAAUCAGUGCUUGCCCUGGAAGAUACAGCAUUGGAUGCUGACCAGGUUGAGAACCUCAUAAAGUUCUGUCCAACAAAAGAGGAGAUGGAACUGCUUAAGGGCUAUACUGGAGAAAAGGAGAAGUUAGGAAAAUGUGAACAGUUCCUCUUAGAGUUAAUGAAAGUACCUCGAGUAGAAUCAAAGCUCAGAGUUUUUUCAUUCAAAAUACAAUUCUCUUCUCAGGUCUCUGACCUUAGAAAUAGCUUGAAUGUUGUGAACUCUGCUUCAGAAGAGAUCAGGAAUUCUGUCAAAUUGAAAAGAAUUAUGCAGACAAUUCUUUCACUAGGAAAUGCUCUGAACCAGGGGACAGCUCGGGGCUCUGCUAUCGGAUUUAGGUUGGAUAGCCUUCUUAAACUCAUUGAGACUCGCGCAAGGAACCACAAGAUGACUCUUAUGCACUAUCUUUGUAAGGUACUCAUUGACCAACUACCAGAGGUUCUAGAUUUCUCUAAAGGCCUAGCCAGCUUAGAACCUGCGUCAAAGAUACAAUUGAAAUUUUUGGCAGAGGAAAUGCAAGCUGUAAGUAAAGGAUUAGAGAAAGUUGUACAGGAACUAUCCACCUCAGAAAAUGAUGGUCCUAUAUCAGAAAAUUUCCGUAAGAUUCUAAAGGAGUUCCUCCGUUUUGCUGAAGCGGAAGUGAGGACUUUGGCUUCACUAUAUUCUACUGUGGGUAGAAAUGUGGAUGCACUGAUUCUUUAUUUUGGAGAGGAUCCUGCUCGCUGCCCUUUCGAACAAGUUGUCUCAACUUUGCUGAACUUUGUUAGAAUGUUCAUCAGAGCCCAUGAUGAAAACUGCAAGCAGAGUGAGAUUGAAAAGAAGAAAGCAGCAGAAAGCGAGAAGCCCAAGAUGGGUGCUUCAAAGGAGUCUGCACGAUUGUCGCGUAAUCCAAUCAAGAGUGGCAAUACAUAAUGAUCCAGUUUCUAAUCUGCCGCGCACCUCAUCUCGGACAAAAAUUAUAAUAUGAGCAUUAGAUUGAGCAGAAAUAGUUUCUUUUUCCUUUUCUCAUUUUCCCACUUGCAUUGCCAAGAGGGCAUAGAUUUUGAUCGAUAUUGGGAUUAGAAUGUAAAUUAGCUAGAGUCUCGGAUGUAGGUAUAGAGUUGUGAUGAAGUGACAGAAUAUGAUGCUGCAAUGCAAGGCUGAUUUUGUCCCCCGAGAGGCGCCUUUUAUUGUUCGUAUUGGACCAGGUACGUAUAGGAGAGUUUCAAUAAUGCAGAUUUUGAGUAGGCGAUUUGUACGAUAUAUAGAUGAUGCGCCAGUUUCUUUUAUUGCUGUAAAUAAAACGAAGGGAUUUUUGU